CAGAAAUAUUUCUAUUGUAAUAUAUUAUAUACACCUGGCAUCGGACAUCAGGUUAAUUCUUCAUACUCGAAUCUACACAUACGAUUUAAAUCGUAUAGUAGGGGUGUGAUAGUUCUUCAUAGCGUAGUUUGUACAUUUAUAUAUACUUAUAGUAGAGUGUUAGUGUACUAAACACUUAUAAAUCCUUAUACAUAAUGGUGAAGAAAACAGGGACCAAGCGUCUCACCAUGAAGAUGAAGUUCAAGAUUGAACGAAAGUGCAGAGACCAUAAAAAGAAACAGCGUAGGGAAGAGCGUAAUAAUCCCUCUAAAAAGCCCAAAAAAGACCCCGGAAUCCCCAAUCUUUGGCCUUUCAAAGAAGACCUGCUGCGUAAGAUAGAGGCAGGCAAGGAACGUCAAGAGGAACUACGUGCUAAGAACAAGGCUAGACAACAAGUAGAGCGAGCUAAAGAGGUCGCUAAGAUGCGAAAGGAGCGCAGUUUAGCACAGAUGGUUAAAACAGCCGAGAAACGCGGCGAUGAAUACGACAUGGAAUUAGCAAGUGCCAAAGACGAGAAGCUCGCCAAUUUCACAGACAGUUCAAAGCGUGCGUACUAUAAGGAGUUCAAGAAGGUUGUAGACCAUGCCGAUGUUAUACUGCAAGUAUUGGACGCCCGUGAUCCCAUGGGAUGCAGGUGUAAGCAAGUUGAAGAGAUGAUCGAGGCGCAGGGAUCGGAUAAGAAGGUUGUGCUUGUCUUGAAUAAGAUCGAUCUGGUGCCUAAGGAUGUAGUCGCGCAAUGGCUUAAGUACCUGCGGAAUUACUUCCCCACUAUUGCGUUCAAGGCAUCUACACAAGACCAGGCCAAUAAUUUAGGGUCUACUAGAGCGACGUUUGAGAAUGCUUCAGCAGACCAGGUGAACGCAAAGGAGGCGCUGGGAACCGAUACGCUCGUAAAGCUUCUGAAGAACUACGCGCGAAGUGUGAACAUGAAGAAAUCUAUCUCGGUAGGUAUUGUCGGGUACCCUAAUGUAGGUAAGAGCUCGAUCAUCAACUCGCUCAAGCGCUCACGCACGUGCGCGGCCGGUGCCACCGCGGGCGUUACCAAGGUUAUGCAAGAGAUCCAACUGGAUAAGAAUAUCAAGCUCAUUGAUUCGCCGGGUAUUGUGUUCUCUAGCACCCUGGAUGGAGAUGUGUUGCUGCGUAACGUGAUCAACGUCGACACACUCGCAGACAUCACCGAGCCGGUGGAUAUGAUCCUCUCGCGAUGUAACAAGGAGCAGGUGAUGGAGAUGUACCAACUGCCCGAGUACACAGACACACAGGACUUCCUGGUGCAGUUUGCUAACAAGCGCGGCAAGCUCAAGAAGGGGGGUGUACCGAACAUCCACGCAGCCGCAAAGAGUCUGCUGAAGGAUUGGAAUACCGGAGCCAUUCCGUUCUACACACUGCCGCCGGUGACUGAGCAUAUGAAGCAUGCGGGUGAGACUACCACCAUUGUUACUGGCUUCUCCCAGGCGUUCGAUAUGGCGGCUUUGGAGAAGGAGGAGGAGGAGAACGUUCUGAGCGGACUCUCGAGUGAGAAGAAGACAUACAUGACCCUGGCUCCUGGAGAGCAAGGCGAUAUGGAGAUGGAUGACUCAGACAGUGACGAUGAAGCGGUGGCUGAUGCGGAUGUCGAGGUCACGGAGGUGGUCGCAAUGGAGGACGACCAGGUGGUUGCACCCUUUGACUUAACUAAGGCCCACAUGGCGGCGCAUGAAAAGAAGGUUAAAGGCAAACAGUCCGAACGGAUGACCGAAGCACUUGACGAGGAGUCUAGAGCACUCAAUCCCACGGCCAACCGAGACCUCAAGAAGGCUGCCAAGAAUGCCAAGAAAGAGAGAUUACGCCAAGUGAAAGCACAGGCACUUCUGAUGGACGCUAACCUGGGCGGAGGAGAUGAUGCGUACUCGUUUGCCUCAGAUUAUGUGGAGCAAAGCGCUGAUGGAGAUAUAAAUAUGUAGAUACUUAGAAAAUAGGGGCAUGGGAUAGUGGAGAGAGCAUGCAGGUAUGCGUCGUCUAGUUAUAAGAUGACUGGGUAUGCGAAACAUCCCGAGAAUGACCCGGUUAAUAGCAACAUCCGAGAAUAAAUCAAACAAGUUAGCAUG